AUGGAACCUGACUACGUUGAAACCAGUUUACAGUUUCAUACAACCUCGAGCUCUGGCUUAGCUACUCAUGAUCCUGGAUCAACUUGGACUUGGUAUCGCAAUCAAACAUAUGAAUACUACAGGUACAAAAAGGAUGAAGAAACUGGAAUGGUAAGGAAAGUUUAUGAUGAUCCACAUCUGCAUGUUGGCGAUGCUCCGAAAAAAGGGAUAUUGAGUCCGACGAGUAUUGAAACCACUGGUCAAACUUCAAGGAAAUCGACCCCUGUCAGUUUUGAACCAAUUCAGAAGGCACUGAAAUAUUUCAUGGAGGGCAAGGACCUACCAUACAUAGAAAAUGGUUCCUUUGGGCCAACAAAGCUAGAGACGACUAACUUCAACUCUAAGGAUAGUCAGGGUAUCACAGCCUGGUAUUAUGGUCAGGCUCCACACGACUUGGAUCGUCCUCCCGAAGAAACACCCACUCCGCCAAAGCAAGGAACAAUCUAUCUUCAUCGGAAUAUCGCAGACAGCGGAUAUCAAAUAUGGAUAUGGCUGGCACAAAGUGAACGGGAGAUAUGGUUUCCUGUAGAUCUAAACGGAGCCCUUGUCCACCACCCUGAAAUUCCAGCGCGGGUACUCACUCUACAGGCUUUGACCGGAAAUCCUAGCUGGGUGCUUCAUAGUACUUUGACCACCACUCAGGGUCGACAAAUCAGGAAGAUCAGGUCAAGGUCCCGUACUCGUCAGCGUUCCCCGCGUACUAGGGUCCCUUAA